UUUUGUUUCUCUUUUUAUUGUGUUCAAAUCUUAAAUAUUAAAAAGGAAGAGAGAAAACUCCUUUGCAUCGUAAAAUGUAGAUUCAACUCAAAAUAAUAUCUUUCAUCUGCUCAAAUAAAACGCUAAUAUUUUGUUGUAAUGUAAUACGAUAGCUUUCAAUAUUUUAUCAAAUGAUUCAUCCUAUUCAUUUCGCUGCUGAUGCCCUAUAAAGCUAUCAAAACUUUUUUUUAUAUAUGUAUUCAAAAUGUUAUCUUUUACACAGAACUUCCUGUCUCUUGAGCAUGUAACAGCAUAAAUUAAUUUCAAGACUUCCGGAAUUAAUACAAUUACGAAAUGAGAAACAGAAUGAAUGAAACCUAUUUAUAUGACGUCAGUUAUAAGUUUCAGUUUAGGAAAUUUUUCAGGGUUAUAGAACUCUGCAACUGCGGUAAAGAAUUACUCAUAGUUUGUGCAUUUCUUCUUGUAGUUAAAAGGAAUAAAAUCUGUAACAUAAAUUAUUUAACAAUGGUGGAAGAUUGUAAAAUUAAUGCUAGUCGCAUCUGCUUUGCAGUUGGCGAGAUUUUUUAUUCGAAAGAAAAAGUAUUUAAAAAUAUUUUAGGAGUUGAUUGGUUUGUGAGCGCUCAACCAGUAAAAAAGUUAGAACUCAAAAAAUCCCGUUCGUUUCGAAACAUAUCUUUCCUUUCAAAUGUAGUUAAAAUGACUCUUAGAUGCAAAGCCCUCCCUAGGCGGGUUUUAGCGGAAAUCAAAAUCAUAUCUUGUCCGCUACAGCAUCCGAACAUGAAAGAUAUGAUCUUUAAUCAUGUCUGCGAGAAGGGAAACAAUUCCAUCAGUUCAGAAGUGAAAUUUGAUUCUGCUGAAGAAUAUUCUUGGAUGACCCUUAACGGUGAGUUCAGUUUGUAUGUUAGUCCAGAGAACUUCUUCUAUUUCAAGUUCUCAAACGAUAAUUCAUUAGAAGCUGGCGUUAGUGAAAGCAGUCAAAAUAUUCUAAGCGAACUUACAAACGAUUUAAGUGAACUUUACGAGAAACAGUAUUUUUCCGAUUUAGAUAUAAAAUGUGGUGAAGAAGUGUUCAAAGCUCAUAAGGUGAUACUGUCAUCUAGAUCACCAGUAUUUGCUGCUAUGUUCCAACACAGAAUGAAAGAAAGUGAAGAAAAUGUUAUACACAUUAAAGAUAUGGAUCCCAAUGUGCUAUCUAUUUUGUUGGAAUUCAUUUAUUGUGGCAAAAUUGAUAAGUUGAAUAGUACGCGGACAGCUGGUGAUCUUUUGUCAGCAGCUGAACAGUAUCAAUUGGCAAGUUUAAAAAAUGCCUGUCUUACGUUCUUGCAAUGUGCUAUGUCUGAUGAUAAUGUGCUAUCCACUUUGGCCAUUGCUGAUUUGUACGAUUCAACAUUAAAAAAAGUAUCUGUUGAUUUUGUAUGCAAAGAAUUUGAUCAUUUAAAAAAUACUGAAGAAUGGAAAGCAUUUCAAAAGGAAAAACCGGUAUUGGCCAACGAAGUCUUAUUGAACAUUAUUGGAUUUGUUAGUAAGCAUGGACAUAAACUGUGCUAAAGCUAAUUUUGGUUUUUAUUAUCCACGUUUAGUAUUGGUAAACGAGGUCUUAUUGAAUAUCAUUGGAUUUGCAUGUAAACAUAGACAUAAACUGUGCUAAAGCUACGAUUAGAAUUGGUCAAUGAGGUCCUAUUGAAUGUUAUUGGAUUUACUUUUAAAGAUGAGCAUAAACUGUGCUAAAACUAUUUUUUUUUAUCUACUUUAGUUUACGUUACGUUUUGUUUUUAUCUACGCAUCCUUUCUGUAUGACAGUGUAAAUACUUAUUAUUUUUAUUUUAUAUCAUUAAUUUAAAAAAUUAUCAGACAGUUAUUAUUUUAUGAUGAUACUAUUUUACUUUAUUAUAAACUGAUUAAAUAUUUCUUAUAAUAGUGAAAUAUAUUUCUAAUUUGUUUAUAGAAUUUUUGAACUUAUUUCUGUUUCUUUUUUUCCUUAAUAGUUUUAGUAUUACGUCAUUUCAUUACAAGAGUGAAAAUGAUUUUGUUUUAUAUUACUAAUUAAAAACUUAUCAAACAGUGAUGUUACUUAUUCUACUUUUUAUGGAUUAAUUAAAUAUAUAGUACUGUUUUA